AUGUUCUCACUUUUCAUCCCUUUCCAUCUGUCUCUCUUUUUCUGUCCACAAAAUGAACUCAUAUUUACAACACAUGAAAAAGGAACUGAUAUUUCUAUCCCAUUUGCAUUUGUCAAUCCCAGUGAAGUUGUGACUGCAUCAGGAAAGUGCUCUACACUUAUCUAUCUAUCUAUCUAUCUAUCUAUCUAUCUAUCUAUAGAAAGAGAGAGGGAUGUUUUUUCUCAUCUUUUUCCUUCUUUCUUUCUUUCUUUCUUUCUUUCUUUCUUUCUUUCUUUCUUUCUUUCUUUCUCAUUGUUUCCAGCUUUCCUUUUCCUUCCAUUCACUCUUUCUUUCUCUGCCUUCUUUCUUUCUUUCUUUCUUUCUUUCUUUCUUUCUUUCUUUCUUUCUUAUUGUUUCCAGCUUUCCUUUUUUCUUCCAUUCACUCUUUCUUUCUCAGUCUCUGCCUUCUUUCUUUCUUUCUUUCUUUUUCUUUCUUUCUUUCUUUCUUUCUUUUCUUUCUUUCUCAUUGUUUCCAGCUUUCCUUUUCCUUCCAUUCCUCUUUCUUUCUCUGCCUUCUUUCUUUCUUUCUUUCUUUCUUUCUUUCUUUCUUUCUUUCUUUCUUAUUGUUUCCAGCUUUCCUUUUUCUUCCAUUCCUCUUUCUUUCUCAGUCUCUGCCUUCUUUCUUUCUUUUUCUUUCUUUCUUUCUUUUCUUUCUUUCUUUCUUUCUUUCUCAUUGUUUCCAGCUUUCCUUUUCCUUCCAUUCCUCUUUCUUUCUCUGCCUUCUUUCUUUCUUUCUUUCUUUCUUUCUUUCUUUCUUUCUUUCUUUCUUUCUUUCUUAUUGUUUCCAGCUUUCCUUUUUCUUCCAUUCACUCUUUCUUUCUCAGUCUCUGCCUUCUUUCUUUCUUUCUUUCUUUCUUUCUUUCUUUCUUUCUUUCUUUCUUUCUUUCUCAUUGUUUCCAGCUUUCCUUUUCCUUCCAUUCACUCUUUCUUUCUCUGCCUUCUUUCUUUCUUUCUUUCUUUCUUUCUUUCUUUCUUUCUUUCUUUCUUUCUUAUUGUUUCCAGCUUUCCUUUUUUCUUCCAUUCACUCUUUCUUUCUCAGUCUCUGCCUUCUUUCUUUCUUUCUUUCUUUCUUUCUUUCUUUCUUUCUUUCUUUCUUUCUCAUUGUUUCCAGCUUUCCUUUUCCUUCCAUUCACUCUUUCUUUCUCAGUCUCUGCCUUCUUUCUUUCUUUCUUUCUUUCUUUCUUUCUUUCUUUCUUUCUUUCUUUCUUUCUUUCUUUCUUUCUCAUUGUUUCCAGCUUUCCUUUUCCUUCCAUUCACUCUUUCUUUCUCUGCCUCUGCCUUCUUUCUUUCUUUCUUUCUUUCUUUCUUUCUUUGAUUACAACUGGGAGUUGCUUUGAGAGUGGAUCUCCUGUUCCUAGGCUCGUGUCAAGUUCGUACCACACUGAGAGGCGAUGGUGUCCCCACCACUCAUUUUCUAUCGUUAUUUCUAUCUCUAUUGUGGAGACUUGGAUUAUUAGCCUCACUAUCUAUCUAUCUGAUUUAGUCGAAAUCAAUUUCAGUCGAAAUCUAUCUAUCUAUCUAUCUAUCUAUCUAUCUAUCUAUCUAUCUAUCCCAGCCUUCAUCAUUAUCUAUCUAUCUAUCUAUCUAUCUAUCUAUCUAUCUAUGUUUGUCUGUCUGUCUGUCUGUCUGUCUGAGCACCCCUCCAUUGGAGGAACAGGGUCGAGUAAGAAACAGCCCCUGAUGUCUGCAACAGUAGUUGAUGAACUUGAGGAAUUUCUCAAUGACCGAUGA